CCCCUCCUCCCAGCCCCAGCCUGGAGACAAUGCGAUCCCGACCCCGCUUUGCGCUAGCAAUGGCGAAGCCGGCGCGCCCCUCGCCCCGCGGCUGCCUCUGGGGGUGAGCAGUCCGGCCGAUCCCCGUCCCGUUGCUCCGGAGGACAUCCGAAAGGCCCGCGGGGGAAGCUCCAGGGAUCUCUUCAUCCCUCGGCAGGGAGGAUCUGCAGGAGAUCAGCGGGACCCCAAGACUACCCCCCACCCGAUCCCUCUUUCUUGGGCCGGGAGAUCUUCCUCGUGGAUGGAUUCGCAUUGCAAAAGGAGGUGUGAGAGAUGUUGGUGCUCUAACUUCAAUCAAAUCUCCUGGAUCUACGUAUCUCUGCUGAUGCAAUUUGCGCUUCCUGCCUCUCCAUAGCCUAACAGGGGGAAAGGAUUUUUCAUUAACUUCCUGGCUGUUUCAGAAUGUAACAGUAAGGGGGAAAAAAGCCUCCGUGGAGAAGAAAAGAUUCAUCAAUUGGAGAUGUGGACACAGAGAAGCAAUUAACUUGAUCCACUGAUUAAUGCACAGAAACCAGGAAGGAAUUAACUGAUCAGCGAAGUAUAUUUGGUUGAUGAACUGGAUCCUUCAGUUGCGUGCUAGAGAAGGGGGGGAAAUCAAUGCCGAGGGAAUUCUUUGCCCAAGAAGAAAAUUAAUUCAGAGUUUGGAGGGCCGUGGUUGCCGAUUGGAGGCCUUUUCGCUCAGGGGGUUGAAAGGGAUCUCCCUGCGGCAUCUGAAGGAAUAAUAGAUCGGGAUCAGCAGGAGACGGGCCCGUUGCAGCGAAAGGAGGAAACCGAACGAGGGAGCCCAGUGGUGAAGACCAUGGCCUGCAUCUCCUCUUUUGGGAAGUACACCCAUGCCAUUGUCCGGUGCAUCCCUUCCUCGUUUGGUACCUUGGAGACCACAGCAGACGGGUCUGAAGGGGGGACUGAGCCGGUGGACCUGGCCAAAGCUCAUCGACAGUAUGGAGUCUAUACGGGCAUCCUGCGCCAGAAGUUGGGCCUGCAAGUCAUUGAGUUGGCGGCAGACGAAAGCCUCCCUUGUUCAACGCUAGUUGGGGAUUUGGCAGUCAUACAAGGGGACACCGCACUGCUGACCCGACCUUGGGUGCCAUCACGGCGAGAUGAGAUCAGCAGCAUCAAGAAGGUCUUGGAAGAACUGAAAUUGCGUGUUGUGGAAAUCACGGAUGAGGGAGCCACCCUGGAUGGGAGUGAUGUACUUUUCACAGGUCGAGAGUUCUUCGUGGGGAUUUCCAAGUGGACCAAUCACAGAGGAGCGGAGAUGGUUGCCGAUGCUUUCAGGGAUUUUGCUGUAUCUACCGUUCCUGUCUCUGGCACGUUGCACCUCCGUAGCUUCUGCAGUAUGGCUGGCUCCGACACAGUCGUGAUUGGCAGCAGCGAGGUGGCCAAGAAAGCCAUGAAGACUAUGGAGCAACUAACCGAUCACCACUAUGAAACGCUGACUGUGCCCGAUGACCCAGCCGCCAACUGCAUCUACGCUCGGCUUGGACAGAAGACCAACGUCCUGUUGCAUCGGAAUACAGAGGAAUACCCUAACAGCAUACAGCCUUUCCAGAAACUUCCGGACUACACCCUCAUCCCAGCUGCUUGCACUGAAGUGGCCAAACUCGGUGGGACUCUCAGUUCCUGCUCUCUUCUUAUCAACAAGAAGCUGGAGAUCUAGUGCCUAUGGAACCCCCCAACCCCCCCCCCCCCAAAAAAAUGCAAUCCUUGAAGAGGAAUCUCUUUCUGUAUUUCCUUUGUGCGAGCGUCCCUCUUUUUCUUAGUUUCACGAGGCAGGAAUACCACCUUUCCUCCCCUAACGUGCUCACUUGUUUGGCCUUAAAUUUUGCCAUUUUCUUCUUGGAAAAAAGCAAACAACAACAUUGGAUCUUAGUCGCCGUGUAGUCCCACCAGUCUCUUCCUUCCUCUUUUCCUGAUACUGCAUACUCUUAAAAAAAGGUUUCCAGCUCUCAACAGACUGGUGAUUUUAUCUGGUUGUCCAGCGCCGAGGAAAAUCUUGUAAGUGAAUAGGAAAACUAUAAGUUUUGUUUCUCUUCAGUCAGAGGUACAGUGCUUUUGUUCAAGUUCUCUCAGCACUGUAGCCUUGUAAUUGAUAAGUUGAAGUAUUUUUGCUUUUUGCUCCUGCUAGGCUUUCUUUGGGACAUGUUAUUAAAUCAACUAUAGAGAACUACUUUUAGGCAGCCAUUUUAAUCGAUUCUGUGAGCACCCAUCUAAAAUGAUUUUGUCUCAUGAAGUCUGCACGCUACAUCAGCAAGUUCUGGAAGAGCCAAAGAGCAGAAAAUGUUCUUUUAACGGAGGUAGCCCUCUUAAGUGUUAUUACAUAUAGCUAUCAACAGGAGGCUGCAGGUUUGGGGUAAAGGCCGAUAUUGGUUUGCUGCAGAGCUGGGUGAUUUCAUUGUUGCAGAUAUCCAGGAUAUAGGAAAAGCCUUUAUUUGGGGGCUUUGCUUGAUUAAAUCAUUCCAGCUAUAGGAAAAUGGCACAAGUACAACGCAAACCCCUCAGUCAGUACUACAGAGAAGUUUCCUUUCCCUCAGUAGCUUAGUCCUAAUUCCAAAGCAUCUCGAAACACUAGCCUGUAUGGCCGUUCUGUCUGCCACAUACAUCUCUAUGGUGCUGCUGUUUUGGGACAAGGGAGUUCAGAGUCAGGCCUACACUCCCGACCCCUGCAUCUCGAACUCAGAACUGCUUCCUCACUGCCACCUCAACAAAUAACUUCCGUGGAUGUUCAGUGGUCAUGGAAGAGCAGCUAGAUUAAAAAAAAUAUGUAUACAGGCUUGAGAAAUGCUGCUUCCUCUUACCCAACGACACUGUGUAUGUGUUUGUGUAACGUAGCUAGGAGGGGGCGUUCGUAGGAAUGUUCUGGAAAGCAAUAGGGGGAGAGGCCUAUGUUGGGGAAUAGGUGUGAUGACAGAAGUAGGAUUUUUAGAACCACGCACUGCCUCUUGAGAGCCCCUUGUGGAACCAAUGACAAUAAUAAUAAUUAAAAAAUUGAACCAA